UGUCAUCAAGUCACGUGAAUGUCUAUAGCCCCUCCCUUUGUCCCCCUUUGAUUUUGCUCUUUAAAAUAGUUUUAUAACAUUCUACAAUUACAUUUUCUUUGAUCAAUUCUCACAAGAAGAAAAUUUUCUCUCCUCCUAUUUUCCACUUAAUUCCCAUGAUUCCCACUUACACAAAUUCUUUUUCUUCUUCGCCUUCAUUUCCUUUUGAGCUUAAUAAUGAAGUUCAUGAUCUAACUCAUCAUAUUCCUCAUGUUAGCCCUUAUAAUAAUUAUCAAGUUGCUUCAUCAUCUUCAAACUCAUCUUGUCAAACUUUCUUCAAUAUCUCAACUACUAAUAAUCAAGAUCAAACAGGAUAUAACUAUCAUUCUCAAUUUCACCAGCCACAACACCAACACGAGGUUGAUAAUUUUGCUUCGGGAAGUGGAUCACAUGAUCAUGUAGAGAAGAAAAACAAGGGCCUCAAAUUAACCUUGUGGAAAAAAGGAGUGAAGAAAAUGAAGAAUUCAGAUGGUGCAAGCAUGGAAGUGUCAAAUACUACUAAUCAUACAAAUAUCAAAUUGAAAUUGGAAGAUCAAAAGCAGCAUAUGGAAACUGAUUACAGCAGCAACAGCUCCUCCAACAAUAUCCCAAUUAGGGUUUGUUCUGAUUGCAACACUACUAAGACCCCUCUUUGGAGAAGUGGUCCUAAAGGCCCUAAGUCGCUGUGUAACGCAUGUGGAAUUCGACAAAGGAAAGCGAGACGAGCAAUGGCAGCAGCGGCAGCAGCAGCAAAUGGGACAAAUUUCACAAGUACUGAAACAUCAACAACAACUACAAUGAAGAUAAAGGUACAACAACAGAAACAAAAGAUAACAAAAGUGAAUACCAAUCAUGUUGUACCCUUCAAGAAAAGGUGCAAAUUCUUAAGUAAUAGUAAUACUACUACUACUACUCCAGCUCCUGCUCCUGCUCCUCGUGUUGAAUCAUCAUCAUCAUCUUAUAAUAACAACAACGCGCAACAAAAGAAGAAGCUUUGUUUCGAGGAUUUCUUCGUGAAUUUGAGCAAUAAUUUGGCGAUCCAUCGCGUUUUCCCACAGGAUGAGAAGGAAGCUGCAAUCUUGCUAAUGGCAUUAUCUAGUGGCCUUGUUCAUGGUUGAGCACUCUCUUAAUUAAUUAAAUUAAUUAGAGUGUCAUUAUAAAAUUUUCUUGAGUUUCAUUAUAAGUUAAGUUUAAUUAGAUGGAGUAGCACCAAAUUAGUAGUGUGAAAUUGAGCUAGAUUAAUACUAGUGAGAGUGAGAGGCUGUUAUAAGUCAAGCUACAAAAAUUUUAAUAAGUACUUUAGCUAGGAGUAAUAAGUUUGAUGUGUGUGGUGAUGAUCUUUGUAAGCUCAUAAAUGAGAGUUUUUGAACAAGGUGACAACAAGAACAUUAUAUUGGUCGCUUGUUCAGCUAUUGCCUUGUGAUGAUUUGAAA